AUGCCACCCAAGACAGGGAGAGGCAGGGGGAAGAGGCUGGCUGGUAAAUACAGAACUCAGAAGAGGAAAGCAGAGGAAACUGAGGAUUUAGAGGUCCAAGAAGACAGCACUGAGUCUCCAACCAGAGAGAGAAGGAGGAAAUCCAAGAAAGAUGUCAGUCCUUGUCCAAGUAAAACUCCAGAGCGGUCUCCAGAGGGUUCCAGAUCUCCUCAGCAGUCUGAAAGGUCUCCUCAGCAGUAUAGGAGGUCUCCUCAGCAGUCGCAAGAGUCUCGGCAGCAUUCACCUUCUCCCCAUCCUCCUCGUAACAGACAGCCCGAAUCCUCGGAUGAUGAAGAUGAGUCAGCUUCCCCCACCCUCCCUGCAGGCAAGUCCAAGUCCAAGCCUCAAGUGGGCAAGGGCAAGGGCGACAAAGGGAAAGGCAAGGCCCAGAAUGAGAACCCACCCCCUGGUGCACCAUACAGCUUCACAGAGGCGCAGGAGGAGGCAAUCGCUCGCUGGGUGGAGAGUAAGAAGCUACUGUAUGACAUGAAGGACAAACAGUACAAAGACAAGGCAUUAAGGAGAUGA